AUGUGGGCGGUGUCAGUUGUUUGGGUGACCACGGUCAAUUUGAUAUUAGCAUCAGCGCAAUCAUCCGAAGAUCUAACUACCUAUACCGGUGCGUAUACGCACUAUCCCUCUACUGUUAACUUCCACGAUAUCUACAGCAACAAUCUCCUUAAUGAAAAGGAGGAAACUACGGAAGACCUAAACACGAUACCCAGCCAAUUCGUGGAAUUCCAUCCACGUCUGCUCAAGAUAUCUCCCAUCACACCAGCGCCCAGACUUCUCCUAAACUCCCGAUAUCUGAAGAAGAAUGAUGAAGCCACCACGGACGCAGGUCCAACCACCACGGAAGAACCCGAACCAAUUAAAGUAAUCCCGAUAAGAAACCACCACAGAGGAGUACUAGACGUUUUGUUCCCGGCUGCGAGGGUUAGAACUUUUAAGAAUAUUUUCGAUACUUUUAGGCGAGUUCUAUCUUACACGUUUUGA